UAUUGAAUUAGUGUCAUUGUUAUCUCGUGCGGCUCCUACGUUCGUAAAUGUGGAAGGUCAGGCAAGAGGUUGGCAAUGUUCUUUGAGGCCUGUGGGGAAAAAUCGCUUGAGCAGAAAAGGUUACGGUCACUCCACUCCAGCCACGUGGGGCGGGAAGACAUUCUGCAUGUUCUACGCCUUGGCGGGAAUUCCAUUAGGCCUAGUGAUGUUUCAGAGUAUAGGUGAGCGGCUUAACACUUUCGUGGCCUAUCUUCUGAAGACAGGUAAACGGUGUCUGAGGAUGAAGAAUGUGGAGGUCACGGAGACGAACCUCAUCUGUUCAGUGUCAAUUCUGUCUACGUUAGUGAUGACCACAGGGGCUGCAGCCUUUUCCUGCUAUGAACACUGGAACUACUUCGAUGCUUUUUACUACUGUUUUAUCACACUAACGACGAUAGGCUUCGGUGAUUACGUGGCUCUACAAAAAGAGAGCGCCCUUCAAAGCAAACCUGAGUAUGUGGCCUUUAGUUUAGUAUUUAUACUCUUUGGCCUGUCCGUUGUAUCUGCUGCCAUGAAUCUCUUGGUGCUGCGUUUCCUCACAAUGAACACCGAGGACGAGCGUAGAGAUGAGGCCGAGGCCCAAUCGGCAGCGCAAGAGGCCGUUCAUGUCGAGGGCGACGUCAUCACGGCUAAUGGAAGUAUCAUUUCCGGUCAUGGGCCUGAUGCUUCAGAUUCUGAUGACAUCACUUCCGUAUGUUCAUGCACAUGCUACUCACAAAAACGGACACCCAGGCAUAGACAUUCCUUGAGGUCGCCUAAUAGUGUAAAACAUUUUAAUAUUUUUCCCAUGCAAGUUUUCCAUGGUUCAGAUACGAGAGAUGAUGUCUUCAACUCUUUAAGUGUUGACGUAGAUGGUAGUAUUUUUUAUUCACUAGAAGAAUAUAACCAAAAACGAGCUUCCAUCUGACAAAGGGAAACUUAGCAUAUCAUAAUUUGAAGUGAAUUUAAUUUAUCGAAGAACGAUUUCUGUUCCUCAAGACGACAGACGUCAAUGUUCUAAAAAUCACUUCUGUGAAUUUUGAUUACUAGAGUAUCAGUUUUGUAAUUGAAAAUUAAAGUACUACGAUAAUAAUGAA